AGAAAUAACAAACUCAAUCAAAUCAUUUUUCUCUUAACUUUUUCUUGUUCACAGUGGAGAACAUUCAGCUAAAUUUGAACCUUCAGGUGGGAAACAAAAGUGGUGUUGUGUGCAGCGGUGAAUUGACUGUUUGCCUGGAUGGCCUUAAUGUUGACUUGGGAAAUUUGCCUAAUGGCACCAUCAUGACAGAAAAAUUUCAGCAGAAUGGUAGAAUUCACCAAGCUGAUGAUUCACAAUGUUCACCCUCCUGUACUAGUGUUUCUCCAGACAGAGUGAGAGCACACAGGCAGAAUGGAGUUGCUGUACAAGGGCCUGUCAUUAAUGGAGAGAACACAGAAAAUGGGGUGUGUGAUAGCGCUAAAAGUAAUCAGAAACAUGCAUCCAGCGUGUGUUCCCAUUCACCAACAUUUAGUGGAAUAGCAAAUGGAGAAACUCCUUCAAAUGAAGGUGACAGCGGCAACUGGAGUAAUGGGUUAAAUCCUGCCACCCCACUAGCUGUGGCACUUCCCUCGGCCUCCGUUACCAGCUCAUCGACCACCGGCACUGCAAGUCCCUCCAUAUCGUCAGCAGUUGGAGAGACGUCAGAAGCUGCUCCUAUCUCGACAGAACAGUCUCAGACAUUAACCCAAAACUUGGAAGCAUUGCCUCCUGGAUGGGAACAGCGAAUGCUUCCUAAUGGAAGAGUGUAUUAUGUGGAUCACAAUACCAAAACUACUACAUGGGAGAGACCUCUACCACCAGGUUGGGAAAAACGCGUAGAUCAACGUGGUAGGUUUUAUUACGUGGACCAUAAUACACGGACAACAACGUGGCAACGGCCAACAGCUGAGUCUGUUCGAAACUUCGAGCAGUGGCAGUCACAAAGAAAUCAACUUCAGGGAGCUAUGCAGCACUUCAACCAAAGGUUUUUAUACCAGCCAUCUGGAAUCUCUACUGACAAUGAUGCUCUCGGUCCUUUGCUUGCUGGCUGGGAAAAGCGGCAAGAUAAUGGACGAGUCUAUUUUGUUAAUCAUAAUACACGGACAACUCAGUGGGAGGACCCGAGAACCCAAGGGAUGAUCCAAGAAUCCCCUCUGCCACCUGGCUGGGAGAUGAAAUAUACAAAUGAAGGUGUUCGAUAUUUUGUGGACCAUAACUCUCGUUCCACCACCUUUAAAGAUCCUCGAACUGGAUUUGAUUCCACUUCUAGUUCUAAAAGUGGAUCUCCAGCAGCUUAUGAUCGAAGCUUUCGAUGGAAAUAUCACCAGUUCCGGUUCCUUUGCCAUUCCAAUGCAUUACCAAGUCACGUUAAGAUCAGUGUAUCCAGACAGACUCUAUUUGAGGAUUCUUUUCAGCAGAUAAUGAACAUGAAGCCCUAUGACUUGCGACGUCGACUGUAUAUCAUCAUGCGUGGGGAGGAGGGUUUGGAUUAUGGAGGUAUAGCAAGAGAGUGGUUUUUCCUGCUUUCCCAUGAAGUUCUCAAUCCAAUGUACUGCUUGUUUGAAUACGCUGGAAAGAACAACUACUGUCUGCAGAUAAACCCUGCAUCAUCAAUUAAUCCAGAUCACUUGACCUAUUUUCGUUUUAUUGGAAGGUUCAUAGCAAUGGCUCUUUACCAUGGUAAAUUUAUUGAUACCGGAUUCACAUUGCCAUUUUAUAAGUGUAUGCUGAAUAAAAAGCCUACAAUGAAGGACUUAGAAUCAAUUGAUCCAGAGUUCUACAAUUCUCUGCUGUGGAUCAAGGAGAAUAAUGUCGAAGAGUGUGGUUUGGAGUUGUAUUUUGCUCAGGAUAUGGAAAUCUUAGGCAAAGUUACAAGCCACGAGCUGAAGGAAAACGGGGAAAAUGUUAUGGUCACUGAAGAAAAUAAGGAGGAGUACAUGAGGCUGCUGACAGACUGGAGAUUUACUCGUGGAGUUGAGGAACAGACCAAGGCUUUCUUAGAUGGCUUUAAUGAGGUGGUACCAUUAGAAUGGCUGCGAUAUUUUGAUGAAAAGGAACUAGAGUUAAUGCUUUGUGGAAUGCAAGAAAUUGACCUAUCUGAUUGGCAGAAAAAUACCAUCUAUCGCCAUUACACGAAGAACAGCAAACAAAUCCAAUGGUUCUGGCAGGUUGUAAAAGAAAUGGACAACGAGAAGCGAAUCAGAUUAUUGCAGUUUGUCACUGGCACAUGUCGUUUGCCAGUUGGAGGCUUUACAGAGUUAAUAGGAAGCAAUGGGCCACAGAAGUUCUGCAUUGACAAGGUUGGAAAGGAUUCAUGGCUUCCAAGAAGUCAUACUUGUUUCAAUCGCCUGGACCUUCCCCCUUACAAAAGUUACGAUCAGCUAAAGGAAAAGCUGAUGUAUGCCAUUGAAGAAACAGAAGGCUUUGGUCAAGAGUAAAUGGUUAUGUAAGUGUACUUACAGCAAGCUACAGAGAGAAGCCAUCAAACAAAACAAUUUUGUUCAACUUUCAGAAGACUGUGCCUACCAUGAAGAACUUACAGCUUCAUUUUGAUUCUAUGUAUUUGUUUUAAGUGGAAUCCAGGGAAUAUUGCGUCUUUUUCUGUUGAGGCUAGCAUUCAGCAGAUUUCAUGAAGAAUAAUGCACCUUUAUUUCUCAAAAUUUAAGUUGUACUUGUUUAAGCUAUCAUAUGUUUAAAUAUAAUAACUUCUUUGUGCUUAAUCUGAAGUCUUUUUGAUAAUAUAUUGUUGCAAUAAUCUUGUAAUUGACAGUUUCCCUUCUAAUUCAGAGCAAGUGAACUGAGGUCACUAAUUGGAUCAAUUCAACAAUGUGUAAACAGAUUUGCAAGUAAUAUGAAUGAGGAAAAGAUAAUUUGACUUCAGUUGUUUCAAGGUCACUGUAAAGUAUCCUGGCGAUAUACUAACAUUAUGAUUGUGAUUUUUGUAAAGAUUGCAGUCAUGUUAUAAAUAUUUUGUUACAAAGAUUGUGAUACUGUUCAGAAUUAACAAAGUGACAUGUUUUAGUUUGCUUUAGCAAUCAUGGAUAAAUCAGGAUGACCAAAAAUGGACAUUUCUCUUAUACCUGCUUGAAAACUUGCUAUUAUGAUAGUCUUGUAGCUUCAGCAGUUGUCCCAUACCACUGCCUUUUUAAAUAAUUGGUAUUUUAAAUUAUGGUACCAUAUGUAGAACGAAUAAUCAUUUUCACUUAAAAUUCCACUAUAUAAUCAAUGUGCUACUUUGUUUUCAAGUUCAGGAAGAAAAUGUGAAAUGUCAGACAGAAUUGAAGACAAAUUUAACAAUUUUGCUAAACCUUAUCAUAAAAUCAUUUACUUGGAAUAAAAUUUUAAUUUAGUAAGCUUUUCAAAAUUGAACAUAUUGGAAGCAGCAAAUGUAAUUACUAAAUGAGAUUCUUGAGAUCAUAAUCAUUCUUUGCUGAUGCCCUCAAUGCUGCUUCCUCAUUUCAAUCAUUUGUAUAACAUGCUGGCUGUGACAUCAAAAGGUAAAACUCAGCAAACAUUAUGUCUAAUUUUCCUAAAAUUGUAGUAUUUUAUGAAGAUAUUUAAAAAUUCAGCCAGUCAAAGGCUUGCUUUGUUUUAUCUUUUAAUGAGCACUAAUAGAUUGAUAACUUUCCACCCUUUGGUAGAAAAAUAUUCACUAUUUUACUUAAAUUAUAUCUAUUGUACAAUCAAAGAAUGCAAGACAAAAUCCCUUAGAAACAAGACUUUUUUUCAAACUAGAUAAAAUAUUGUGCAUAAAAAUUGUAUAUUUGCCUUUCUGGAAUAAUAGCAAAAAAAUCAAAGAUUUUAUAGAUUUGCUAUAAGUAAUAGCUCAUGUAUGUUGCAGAAAUGUGGUAAAGAAUUUGUGGUUUUAUAACAGCACAGAAAUGAAACAUGAUGCAUAAGUCACUGUGCUGAACUGUAUCUAGAUAUUUACUGAUUUUCAAGAGACAAUGCUUUUUGAAAUGAGUUGUUCGUGACAUUUCCCAGUUUUGAAUUGGCUUGUGAAUUAUAUUUGAAUUUUCAGCACCUAUUGUGUUUAUGUUGAUUUUUCUCAGGUCCAGAUGAAUUAAACUCUGUUAAAUAACAAGCAAUUUCAAAAAUAAAAUUAAUUAAUUGAUUUAGAAUAUUGCCAAAUAAAAUCAAGUUCCUCAGGAAUAAUUAAAGUUGUGAAUAUUUAAAAAUGCAAGAUGUUAAUACGUCCAAAUAAUUUAAAAUUUAUGUUUUUGAUUGAAGGUCUUUGUGUAUCAGUAUCUUGUCCUGUUUAUCGUAGUUCCAGUCUCUUUCCUCACAGUUAGCUUUACCAUCUUCUUUCAGACUUUUUCUAAUUUUUUUUUAACCAUUGUCUUAACCUUUUUGAGCAGGAUGUUGUCAUUUUGAGUCCAGAAUUAAGUGACAUUCUGCAGUCCCAUGAUUAGAAUUUCUUUGAAGGUAGAUUCCCUCCUGACUCACUCUCAAGAUGAUCUGUCAGUACUGUGAUGUGACACAAAGCAGCAGGUAGCUGUGAGGGUACUGUUGCACCAUAGAUUGGUACAAACCGGGCUACUUUGUUUUAAAGAUGUUGGAAAUAAAAUUUGGUGGACAUGAAUCAUUCUAUCAUAUUAAAUAUUUACCACAUUAUAAAAAUGUUUAAA